CGGGCGGCCGUGACCCUGCUGGAGUGCGGGGGGGACCUCCAGCCCCCCGGGGGGUCCCUGACUCUGCUCUGCCGCGGGAGUGGAUUCGAUUUCGGGAAUUAUGGAAUGUUCUGGACCCGCCAGAGCCCUGGGAAGGCGCUGGAAUUCGUGGCGAGUAUCUACAACGAUGGUGACACCACCCACUACUCACCAUCGUUCAAGGGCCGGUUCUCGAUCUCCAGGGACAACGGGCAGAGCUCGGUGACGCUGACCAUGAACAACCUCAAGGACGAGGAUUCCAGUGUUUAUUUCUGUGCCAAAAAUGCCCGUCCCGAUGCAAACGCUGGUGCUGUUGAAGAUUUGGCCGUGACCCUGCUGGAGUCCGGGGGGGACCUCCAGCCCCCUGGGGCCACCUUGGCCCUGGUUUGCCGUGGCUCUGGAUUCAGUUUUGGGAGUUACGAAAUGAGAUGGGUCCGGCAGAGCUUCGGGAAGGGGCUUGAAUUCGUGGCACUGAUCAGCGGCGAUGGAGGUUACACCUUCUAUGGGGCCUCGGUGCGGGGCCGGUUCUGGAUCUCCAGGGACAACGGGCAGAGCUUGGUGACGCUGACCAUGAACAACCUCAAGGACGAGGAUUCCGCCGUUUAUUUCUGUGCCAAAUCUGUCGACAGUUGCUGCGCUGGUAUUGCUGCUGUUGAUGAUAUUGCUGAUUUUGGCACCGUUCCCACCUGUCCCUGUGCCCCAGAUCCUUGUCUCAAGCCCCAACCCUUCACCCCAUUGUUUGUUUUGGUUUAG